UCUCAUCGCAGGAGAAAAAAUCGGGUUCGAUUUGGAUCUUUGUCACGGAAAGUUCAUUGAAGAAGAUUUUCAUCUCACAGCGCAAAUAUCUCCAUUUUGCACAGCUUUUCUCAAAGUUAUUAAGCAGUAAAACUUCCAUUUAGAAAAUGGCCAGUCAAACUCAAGGAAUCCAGCAGCUAUUGGCCGCCGAGAAGCGUGCUGCUGAAAAAGUGGGCGAAGCUCGCAAAAGGAAACAGCGUCGCCUAAAACAGGCCAAGGAGGAAGCACAGGAAGAGAUCGAAAGAUACCGUCAGGAACGGGAAAGGCAGUUCAAAGAAUUCGAAGCCAAGCACAUGGGAAGUCGCGAGGGCGUCGCUGCCAAGAUCGACGCGGACACCGUUGUCAAAAUCGAAGAGAUGAACCGUUCAAUCUCCUCAAACAAGGCGGCGCUGAUCAACGAAAUUCUGGCGCUGGUUUACGACAUCAAGCCUCAGUUGCACCAAAACUAUCAAGCUCCCGUUAAGAAGUAAAUGCAUUCGAAACAAGUAUUUCUAACACCACAUCAACUUUAUUCAUUCGAUCAAAAUGAAACUGUGGCAAAGAGUAAAAAAUCCGCCAAUAGUACACAAGAAAAGUAUAACAAGAAAAAUCUAAAUUACAUAACUGAGAAUCGAUGAACAAAUAAGCCACUUUUAAUCGAUGUUUGCUGUAUUAGAAAAAAAAGAUUGCUGUAAAUAAUUGUUUCUCGAUCGUUUGUUUACCUUUGUAGAUGUGUGUUUUGAUCAACGGAAUCACGCGAAGCAGAAAUUCUUAAAACUUGUUUCAACUUUUUGUUUUUUUAUAAUACGCAAAUUUAUCUGUUUUGCAUAAAUCUUUCAACGUAUUAAAGUAUUACCCGUUACUAUUCCCAGAACCACAAAACAGCUCUAAAAUCCAGCAUUACAUAUAUAGAAUUGGAAAAUUUAGCGAAUUUAAAACUCCCGUACUGAAACUUGAGAUUCACUAUCUAUAAACAAAAAAAAAAUAGACAUGACAAUAUUAAUCGUCAAUCAUUUUCACGCUCUCAAUGAAACUAUUGGUUACGCCACUAUCUAGUUUUUAAAUCGGUUUGUUCAAAUUGCAAUUUGUUUUCUUUUUCAAAUUGAAGUGUGAAUCUCUCGUGCAAUAAUUCCUUGGUUUAUACAAAAAUUUACCCCAGUUAUCCGGCAGCCCGUUUUCAAAAAACACGGCGUAAGGUCCGUUAUAAUUUCUUUCGUCGCGCUAAAAUAAAAUCACGUUUAGAUAAUAAAGUCAUACGAUACCGGAUUUAAAGAUAAAAUGAAAUGCAAACAGCCAUGUAAAGUAAAAUAAAAACUAUCUAUUGUGAAAUAAACAUAAUCGUUACAGAAAAA